AGUUUUCUUAAAAAAUAUAUAGAAAUGAGUUUAGCAUUCUGGAGCAUUCAUCGUGGGAUGUCAUGAUUAACACAUGUAUGUGCCCAUUGCAGUCACCAACAGUGUGUGUAUAAAUGCCUGAAAUAAUUUAUAUUGCAACAACUUCUAACAGUAGCAGUUUUUCUUUCAGAACCAUUUAGAAUAAGCACGGAGAGAAUUCCAGAUGGUAUGGAAUUAUUGGCAUACAAGUACAAGGUAAUCUGGAACUGUUAUUGAAACAAUUGCCCAAAUAUUUUAGUAUGGGUAUAAGGAGGAAAGAAUAAUGUGUAUUUUUUUCUCUCUCAAGGAAAAAUGUAGGGUAGAAUCAAGUACAGAAUCUGAAUCCGAUACUUAUAUUGAGGUAAUUCUUUUCCCUUUCCCUAGAAAAUGCUAAAAGUUUGUCUAAUGUCUGAUUAAGUUUAUUUGCCCACUACAGGCUUUGAUGAACCCAAUUCUUGGCUCUGCAAAGAAACCUGAUGUAACAAAACAUUUGGAUCCUUACGAUGGAGACUCUGAAAAUACCUCCAGUCAAUCUGACAGCACUAUAAACCACCCAGAAGAUAUCUACAUUGAUGAGCCAGGACACCAAUCCCAUUCUCUUGUAGCAACUGAUGAAGAAAAGUUGAGAGAAUUUCAAGAAGCAUCAGUAGUGAUGAAUGUUGAAUCUGUGUGCACUUCUAUACAACUGGAUACCACAGUAACAGAACCUGUGCUUACACCUGAUGAGUCAAUGCAAUCUGGCAGUGAAUCUGCUGUUCAAUCAAAACAAGAGCACGAGCAAUUGGAAACUGAUGGACUUGUGCCAGAUACAAAAUGUGGAGAGCAAGGGUUGUCCCCAAGUUUUGGGGUUCUUACUGUGUUCCCUCCAGUAAAUACAGGUAUUGGCGAACUUGCCAUUCUGAACAUGCUCACUCCAGGAAACCAUGGGGAUGAUGAACCCAGGCAUCGAGACUUUCACCACCAAUGCUCAAUGUCAGUCUUAAAGCCUCCUAGUGGAAUCGUUAAAGAAAAGUUGUCGUCAAAAAGAAAGCUAGGGAACUCUAUGAUGGAUGCAGGUAACGAAAAGAUGCGUAAAAAGAAGUGGUGGGAUUAAAAGGUUAUUUUUUGCAGUGAUGAAUUGAUCUGUACAAAUGAAACUGUAGCAAUGAUUAAUUGCUAUCCAAAGGUAAAAUAGAAUGUUCACUGCCUGGUGGAAUGAAGUUUUUGUGCUACUGUGCUUGAUUUGACUGCGUAAACUGGAUAAUUUCACACAUCUUGUAAUGGUUAGAAAGGCCAAGUGAAAUAUCAAUUACUGUGUAUGUCUUGAGGCCAAGAAUGCUUGUUUGCAGUUUCUUUACAAGCUCAAAUAAAAAUGCACUGAGAUUUACCCCUUUGAUUUAUAUCUUCAUUGUU